AUGGCUACAGUGGCGGCGAGCGGAGUGCAGCAGGAGAAUGGCUUCAGCACCGCGAACAGCUCCAGCAGAAUGAACGGCAUUUCUCUCGGUCAGAGCCCCAUUCCCAUGAAGGACCACGACGCCAUCAAGCUGUUCGUGGGUCAGAUCCCACGCAACCUGGAAGAGAAAGACCUCAAGCCGCUUUUUGAGGAAUUUGGCAAGAUCUACGAACUCACCGUGCUCAAAGACAGAUUCACGGGAAUGCAUAAAGGAUGUGCCUUUCUAACUUACUGUGCCAGGGAGUCUGCGCUGAAGGCCCAGAGCGCUCUCCAUGAGCAGAAGACUUUGCCUGGGAUGAACCGGCCCAUCCAGGUGAAACCAGCAGACAGCGAAGGACGGGGAGAAGACCGGAAGCUCUUUGUGGGGAUGUUGGGGAAGCAGCAGAGCGAGGAGGACGUGCGCAGGCUCUUUGAGACCUUUGGCCAGAUUGAGGAGUGCACCGUGCUCCGGGGGCCUGAUGGGGCCAGUAAGGGCUGUGCCUUUGUCAAGUUUUCCAGCCAUGCAGAAGCGCAGGCAGCCAUCAAUAGCCUGCACGGUGGCCAGACCAUGCCGGGUGCAUCCUCCAGCCUGGUAGUGAAGUUUGCCGACACGGAUAAAGAGCGGACUCUGCGCAGGAUGCACCAGAUGGCAGGCCAGCUUGGCAUCUUCAGCCCCAUGACUAUCCAGUUUGGGGCCUACGGAGCCUAUACACACGCUAUGAUGCAGCAGCAGGCAGCGCUCAUGGCUGCCACACAGGGCUCCUAUCUCAACCCCAUGGCAGCCAUUGCAGCCGCCCAGAUGCAGCAAAUGGCAGCUUUCAACGUCAACGGCCUGGUGGCUGCCCCAAUGACGCCCUCUUCAGGCACCAGCACACCUCCAGGCAUCAGUGCCACAGCAGUGCCAAGUAUCGCUGCACCAAUUGGAGUGAAUGGCUUCAGCGCACUGCCUCCUCAAAGCAAUGGACAGCCAGCCUCUGAACCCAUCUAUACCAAUGGAAUUCACCCCUAUCCAGCACAGAGUCCAACAGUGACUGACCCUCUCCAGCAAGCAUAUGCCGGCGUGCAACACUAUGCAGCAGCCUAUCCUGCCGCCUAUGCGCCAAUCAGCCAAGCGUUUCCCCAGCAACCGGCCAUCAUCCCCCAGCAACAGCAACCCCCCCCCCCCCCAAAAAAAAAAAAAAAAAAAAAAAAAAAACAACAAAGAUCACUCCAAGAGCAAGGACCUGAAGGCUGUAACCUGUUUAUCUACCACCUGCCGCAGGAGUUUGGGGAUGCCGAGCUCAUGCAGAUGUUUCUGCCCUUUGGCAACGUCAUCUCUGCCAAAGUCUUCGUGGACCGAGCCACCAAUCAGAGCAAGUGUUUCGGUUUUGUGAGCUUCGAUAACCCAUCCAGCGCUCAGGCUGCCAUUCAGGCAAUGAAUGGUUUUCAGAUUGGCAUGAAGAGGCUCAAAGUCCAGCUGAAGCGGCCAAAAGAUGCCAACCGCCCUUACUGA